AUGACGAACCUUCUCAAAGAUUCGAUGGACAACAUCUUUAUUUCAUCAGCAGAUAUUUUGGAUAAGCUGACAUACAAGCUUUCUUCAGCAACUACAAGCACGGUAAUUCCACACAACAAUGACAGCUUGUUGAAGCCACUCACAGAUGUUCUUAAGAGCGAUUUCGAGGCGUACAAUCGGGUGUUGGACAACUACAAUCUAGAACUUCUGGGAGCAGAGUCGAUGCUCACUUAUAUGAAAGUUAAGAUGAAGAAAGAGGCGGAACUGCAGCAGAAGAUGGAAACUGAGCGUGUGAAGAAGGAGAAGGAGGAGGCUAAGAGGAAAGCGGCAGUUAAGGCAAAACAGGAGGCCGAGAAGAAAAGAAACGAAGAGGCUGCUGCUGCUGCUGCGAAAAAGCAACUUGAAGGGCAGAAAAAGCAGCAAGAAAUGGCAGCAGCAAAGAAAUUUUCUGGAAAUAACGAUGACUUCAUGCUUGAUCUUGAUCUCGAUGGAUUUAAUCUCGACCAGCAGGGGCAGGCAGACAAUGCAAUGCUUCAAUUUGACGGUUAUACUGCGGCACAACAGAAACCGGCGGGAAGUAUGGGUGUUCCGCCGGCGGAAAGUAUGGGUGUCCAGCCGGCGGGUCAAUCGUCAGAAAAUGCUCUAAACGGCAAUUCAAACGACAACAUGAACGAUCUAUCUCAGACCGCCGGUAUGGACAGCUUGAAUGACCUCAAUUUAGACUUUUUGGACACAUCCGGAGGGUUGGAUGAUAACCAGGGAGGUAAUUUGGGAGCAGAUGCCCUUGGAACCGGGAAUGAUGACCUGGGACUACUUGGAAGUUUGGGUGGGUUGAAUUCUGGUACCGGAAGCAGUGGUAUGGGCAGUUCGAAUGCGGGAAACAUCAAUAAUGGAGCUGGAAAUGCUCAGAGUGCAACAAAUCCCGGAAACAGCCAAGAAGAUGACAAUUCAUUGAUGGCUCCGGACCAGAUGGAGAACUUGUUUUCUCAGUUUGACGAGCUUGUUGGUGGGGGAAAUGGUGGAGGGAUGUAA